GCCGUAUCUUUGCGCAACACCUUCCUCUAUAUAUACCCGGGGCUCGGGAAUACCUGGUGGAGUCAUUCCUUUAGUUCUUUGGCCCAGGAGGAAAAAAGGACUGACCAUGGCGCCGUGGCCUGAAUUGGGAAACUCCCACUCUAAUCCUAAUAAAUAUAUCGAAGAGGCUACCACCCAACAAUCUACUAUGUCUGGAAAAGAUAAAGGAAACCCCAGCAAUAAUGCCCAUCCUCCUGUAAACAAGAUAGAACUUCUGCCAUCUUACUCUACUAUUGCAUUGAUUGAAGAGCCAGUGGUAGAGCAAGACCCAUGGGACAUGCCUAACAUUAAGGACUCUGGAAUCGAGUGGUCAGAGAGAUAUACCAAAGGAAAAAUAAUUGCUGUCUUUCGAGGGUUUGGGAAAGUGAUUCUCCUCCUGGGAUUUCUCUACUUCUUUGUCUGCUCCUUGGACAUUCUCAGCAGCGCUUUCCAGCUGGUUGGAGGAAAAAUGGCUGGGGAGCUUUUCCGUGAUGGUUCAGUGUUGAACAAUCCUGUGGCGGGCUUGGUGAUUGGUGUGUUAGUGACUGUCAUGGUGCAGAGUUCCAGCACAUCCUCGUCCAUCAUUGUCAGCAUGGUGUCCUCUUCAUUGUUGACAGUAAAGGCAGCAAUUCCCAUUAUCAUGGGAGCCAAUAUUGGGACAUCAGUCACCAAUACUGUCGUGGCCCUCAUGCAGGCUGGAGACAGGGAUGAAUUUCGAAGGGCUUUUGCAGGAGCUACUGUUCAUGAUUUUUUUAACUGGUUGUCAGUGCUGGUGCUGCUGCCUCUGGAGGUGAUCACAAACUACCUCUACCACCUCACCAAUGUCAUAGUGAAAUCCUUUAAUAUCAAGAGUGGAGAUGAUGCCCCAGAACUCCUGAAAGUCAUCACAGAUCCCUUAACAAAACUCAUCAUUCAGCUGGAUAAAAAAGUCAUAAAUGAAAUUGCUACAGGCGAUGAAGCAGCAAAAAACAAAAGCCUGAUAAAGAUUUGGUGUGAAACUUUUAAAGAUGUGACUUUAAGCAACGUUACCGUUCCCUCACCAGAAAACUGUACCUCUCCCAGUCUCUGCUGGACUGACGGGAACAUGACCUGGACCCUCAUGAACACAACAUAUGAAAAGAACAUUGCCAAGUGCAAACACGCAUUUGUGGAUGUCAGUCUCUCCGAUCUGAGUAUUGGCCUCAUUCUUCUAGCCAUCUCUUUGGUGGUCCUGUGCACUUGUUUGAUCUUGAUUGUUAAGGUCCUGAACUCUGUACUCAAGGGACAAGUUGCUGCUGUGAUUAAGAAGACCAUCAACACAGAUUUCCCCUUCCCUUUUGCCUGGCUGACAGGCUACCUCGCCAUUCUGGUUGGAGCUGGGAUUACAUUUCUUGUGCAGAGUAGCUCUGUGUUCACCUCCGCAAUCACUCCUCUGGUUGGCAUCGGUGUGAUCAGCCUUGAGAGAGCUUACCCUUUAACCUUGGGCUCCAACAUCGGUACCACCACCACUGCCAUCCUGGCUGCAUUAGCUAGCCCUGGAAAUACUUUACAAAGUUCACUCCAGAUUUCCCUGUGCCAUUUCUUCUUCAACAUCUCUGGGAUACUUCUGUGGUACCCAAUCCCAUUCACACGCCUGCCAAUACGCCUCGCCAAGGGCCUGGGAGAUAUCACAGCCACCUACCGUUGGUUCGCCAUCUUCUACCUGAUCUUCUUCUUUCUCCUGACGCCACUGGCCGUGUUUGGCCUCUCGCUGGCGGGUUGGCCUGUGUUGGUGGGUGUAGGAGCCCCCAUCCUAUUGGUAUUGCUUGUGGUGCUGGUGAUGCGGGUGCUCCAAGCCCGCUGUCCUCAGAUUCUCCCUAAGAAGCUGCAAACCUGGGGCUUCUUGCCCCUGUGGAUGCAUUCUCUUCAGCCCUGGGAUGGGCUGGUGUCUCUCCUCACGGGCAAGUGCUGCCAGCUGCCCUGCUGCUGGUGCUGUCGCGUCUGCUGUCGUGUCUGCUGCCGGACGUGCUGCCUGCUGUGCGGAUGCCCCCGGUGCUGCCGCUGCAGUAAGUGCUGUGAUCUGUUUGAAGAUGAGGAGAACGUCAAGGAAAUCCCCAUCAAGGUUUCCGAGGUGUAUGAGAAUACAGCAGUCAUAAAUAAGGAGACCCAGCAGGGGGGCAAAGACAUAAAGACCUUCUCUGGCAACACGGCUUUAUAGCAGGAUGGUGAUUUCAGGGGAGAAAAGAUGGAUUAUUUCUUGUUCUACAUGCCCAUUCUCCCUUGAAGCGUGGGCAGGGUAGGGGCAGAUGGUUAGCUAUCUAUCCAUUGGAAAAAUGGAGUCACAGACAUUUGGUAUUCCUACCCUUCACCCCAGAACCCAAAGCAUUGGCAGGUAGGGCUGACUCAGUAUUGGCAGAAAAAGUGAUCAAAGCACCAUCCUUAUAAGGGCCACAAUUCUUUCUUACAUGAUUAGUGGCUCACUGAAAAGCCUCAGACAAGAACCAUAGGAUUUUUGCAAGUGAAUCCUGACUAGGUCAGUUAUUUACUCUCUCCAGAAACACUAGAGCCCCUGACCAACAGGAUGUGUUUUAAAUCCCUAAACAAUUUUCAGAAGGAAAAAGCCUGUGGAAAGUAUUCCAUUGCUCAAAUGUACAGUUUUACUUUUAUUUUUAAGUAAGUGUGAGUUUGGUUGCUAAGGCACAGGGCUCUUCCUAGGAAAGACCUGACUGUAAAUAGGAAAUCAGUACUUCCCUGGCCCCACAAAGCUUGGCGGCAGGGCAGGCCUAGGUGAGAAGAUGCCAGCCAGUGAUACACCCAGCCCAGUCUUAGUAAGCCACAUGUCCAUCCAUUCCCUGCUAUAUGGAGACUUGCAGGAAGGGGAAGGUUAAGGACUACGUUUUGUCUAUAGCAAACUUAGGUGGACACCCUUCCCAUGCCCAGGAGAAACUGCUGGUGGUCAGCAGCAUGCACUGGUUAGUCAGGUAGGCUUGGGCUGCCUCCACAGGCUGACGACCAUGAUUCCCAAUACCAAAGAUGAAUUCUAGGGAGGUAGAAUUACUGUAUAUGCUCAUGCCCCCUCUUUCCUGAUCUUCCCCCCCUUACUCUCUCCACAGUUUCUCUUGGGCAGGCUAUAACCCAGCCAAAGCCAGGCAAUUUCUAGAACAAACCAUGUUUCUGAAGGAUAGUAAUUUAAUUAAGAAGCAAAAAAGGUUGCAGAUGUGCUUUUGCAUUUCUUACUAUUGGAGGGAUGCAAAGGUGGGCAUGUUCCCAGGGCAGUUAGCACUUUAGUUGCUAAUUGGUCAGCAGCUGAGACUUCUGCCAUGAGUCAUUUUCAAUCGGGGAUACUCCAGAAAGCCAGAUUCAUAAAGGUCAGUGCUAAGAACUGGUCCCACUCUGAUAAUCUAAGUGCCUCAGAUGUCAUGAGGAGGUUGGGCAGGUUAUGACAGACUUUCUAUGGUUAGGAAAGAUCAGUUCCUCUGUCCAUCUUGGGCGAUUGCUAGCCUCUCAAACUCUGUGGGAAUUGGCCUUGAUAUUUUGUGGACUAAGCGUUUUCUUCUGCCAGCCCCAGUGAAUGGUUUGUGAGUUAUGUCAUGAAGUUUGUUUUGCCCUCAAAUGGAGGGGGAACAGAAUAAACUGAGCUGACUGCAGAAUCAGAGGACCAUCUUCAGAGGUCCUUCUCACCUUGGAUAGUGCCUUGAGAACUGUGUCUGGCCUGAUCCAGAGGGAUUAGCCAGUGGAUUAGCCUUUUAAGGAGGUGGGGUUGAAGGAUUCUGAGGUGAAUGGUCUUGCUGUUAGCCCUUCUUCUUUCUGGGUCCUUCCAUUUCUCUGUCCCUUUCACAGAAAGGAAAAUAUCCCAGACGCAUUCCUCAAAGGAUGAUGGUCUGGCUAGACAAAAAGUACCUUGUUUUAAGAUAUAACCUGUUAAAGACUAAUCUGGAACCUCUUUCCAAAUUGUCUUUCAUUUGCCAGGAAUGAGCUUUACCCAUUUCCAUCUCCUGUCCUCUUUGGCCCUUAAACUCCUGCUUCUUAAAAAGGCUAAUUGCUGAGCAUGUGACUGAAAAGGCUUGAGCUGAGGCUAAUCCAGAAGGUUGAAUUGACCAGUCACCCUCAGUCCCAGAGCCCCUUUUGAUAUAUGUUAUGUGCAUGUGCACGUGGGUGGGGUCAGGGGGCCUGUACCUUUUAGCAGCUCAAAUGCCCUCUCUUUGCCUUUCAUGGGCCCUUCUUCUAAGAGAGAACAAUCUUCACUUGCCUUUCUACCAGCCACAUACAUUUCUUCCCUCUAACACACCCUCUGUAAUACUCCCACCUCAUCCUGCUUAACUGGGCUCUACCAACAAUUUCCCAGCUCCAAAGAGUAUGUAGGAAAGGGGAAUAUAAGAUGAGGAAGAAGAAUGACUAGCCCAUUUCACAACUCCCAGGUCAUUUGGAGCCUUAUCCUGACCUUCUACUAUGUAUAUAACCCUUCUCAGACAGAUAUCAAUGUGGUCUGUAUGUAUAGUCACUGAAUUGUAUAGCUUUAUCAUAUUAUAUAGAAAAUAACCUGUAUGAUUCUGGUUUUAUAUUGCUCACCUUUGGAAAUAAGAAAGUGUUUAUCUAUGAAAUAUAUACAUACAUACAUACAGAUAUAUAUAUAUAUAUAUAUAUAUAUACAUACAUAUAAAAAGUCAACAUAAGCAAAAACAUUUGUAUAUUUUGCAAUAUCUUUUAAACUUGUCCACGCCACACUGUAAAUACGUAUGUUAAGCACCUCAUUAGUUCCAUUUGCACUUUGUAUGCUUUUUUCCAUUUGGAUUAUUCAUGUGAUCUGUGUACAUGAUAUAAUUUUCAUAUUUUUGGAAAGAAAAAAUAAUAAAAGAUAUUCAAACCCAAAGGGGAUGCAUUUUUGAA